ACAGGGCCGCCGCCCGCCCUGGUGCGCAGGCGCGGCGGGGCCAUGCGCGGAGGCGGGUUUGAACCGUGGCGGGCGCUGCGAGCUGCUGGGCUGUGCCGCCAAUGGAGCCCGCGCUGAAAGGUGUUUCUGCCUUUGUAGAAGUUUGGUCAUCUAACAGAACAGAAAAUUACUCAAAAACCUUCGAACAGCAGCUUCUUGAUAUGGGAGCAAAAGUUUCAAAAACUUUGAACAAGCACGUCACCCAUGUAGUCUUCAAAGAUGGACGUUUGACUACAUGGAAGAAAGCACAGAACAUGGGUGUAAAAAUAGUUUCUGUACUCUGGGUGGAAAAGUGUCGAGAAACUGGAGUCCAUGUUGAUGAAUCCCUAUUUCCUGCAGUAGACACUAAUGAAGGAUUUCUACUACCAAUAAAGAAACAUAAAUGUAUGCAGCCAAAAGACUAUGUUGAAAAAACUCCAGAAAAUAAUAGAAAGCUUCAAAGAAGGCUGAACCAAAUGGCUAAAGAGUUAGCUCUACAAAAGACAGCAGUUAAUGCUGAUACGGAUGUACCAGUUUUAUUAUUUGAAGACAAUGGUUCACUUAUAUACAGCCCUGUUAAUAAGAUAAAAGAUCAAUGCAAUGAAAUGGAAAGAAGAAUAAAGGAUAUGAAGGAAAAAAGAGAAAAUCUUUCUCUUACUGGUUCGCAAAUGGAUCAAACACUUCCAAGUACCUCACCAGGGGACUGCCCACUUUCUAGUUGUAUCUUAACUAAUUCAGAAGAUGAGCUGCUACCUGAAGAACAAAUGCAAGACUGCUUGAACUCAAGUUGUGAUUAUCUUUGGAAAACUGAAAUGGUAAAGACACAGAGAACAGAGGUAGCAGAGCAUGCCUGUGAUACUUGGACUGAUAUUCAUGUGUCCAUGAGCACAUCAGUGAAUUCUCCAUCACAUGGCCGUGAGGAGAAGAGAUUAACAUCAAAACAACGUGCCAGAAGUUUAACAAAGAAACAGAUUAUACAGCCCACUUUGGAUGACAGAUUGUUUUCAGAAAAAAAACAUGUAAAAUUUCCAAAGAAAAAUCAGAAGAACAAGAGCAAGAGUACUUCAAUUGCAAAUGAAAGUUCUCUUCUUGAGGGCUUCAGUCAUAUUACUCCUUCCAAAAAUAUAGUCCAGUUAAAUACUGUUCCUGCUUUGAUUGACAAUCUCUCUAAUUUGCCUAUGAAUAGUGAAGACUUAAAUGAAUAUUCACUGGAUAAAAGCUUCCCUGGCAAUAGAAAUUAUUCUGUUGUUGAAGACAAGAAGAGGAAGAAACUACAAACAUUCCCAAGUUUGAAGCUGGCUACCUCAGAACUGGGUGCAUCAGGCUCUAUGGGGUUCUUGCAAGCAAUUACUACACGUAGCAAGUCUUGCUGCACUGAGGAGACUUCUUAUGAAGACUUCUUUUCAUCAUCUAAUUCAAAUGAAAAGGAAGUACAGAUACAAGUACCAAAGGAAUCACAGAAUCCUCCUGAAGUUUGUUGCAAAGACUCUUUUACAAGCAUGAUCCUACCAAAUGUGAGUUUCUGUGAGCCACAUAAGACUACUAAGAUAAGUAGGAAGAUGUCUAUUUCAGUAAAUGAUUUUCCAGGUGGUGAAAAAGAUGACACUGGAGAAGCUCUAGAUGCUGAUGAUGUAAACAGGCUGCCACAGCAUGCUCAUGAAAAAUCCUACAACAGUGUAAAUGACUGUGCUCACACUGCUGGUGAAGUUUCAGAGUGUCACGUUACUGAUGCCUCUUGCAAGAUUUUUUACAAGCAAAAGGCUAAGCACACCGGGGACUUAAGAAAAACUGGAAGACUCCAAAAGCCAACAAGAACACUAGUUAUGACAAGUAUGUCUUCUGAGAAGCAAAAUACAGUAAUUCAGGUCGUGAAGAAACUUGGAGACUUUUUGUUCUCAAAUGAAGUGUGUGAAACAACAAGUCACGUAGUUACUGGGAGUCCUCGUCGUACCUUGAAUGUUAUGCUGGGAAUUGCUCGUGGGUGUUGGAUUGUUUCGUAUGAAUGGGUUCUGUGGUCUUUGGAAUUUGGCCAUUGGAUCUCAGAGGAACCAUAUGAGCUUUCAUCCAGCUUCCCUGCAGCUCCCAAACAUAGAAUCAUCGAUCUUGGGAGAGACCUACAGGAUCAUCCAGUCCAGCUGUCCACCCAGCUCUUCCACUGUAACCUGUAAAUAGCAUCACCCACCAGAUCAAGAUGCCUCUUCAACACCUCUAGGGAUAAUGACUCCAUGACCUCUCUGUUCCAAUGCCUGACCACUGUAACACUGAAAUUUUUUUUCUAAUAUCUAAUCUGAAUCUGCCCUGUCUCAUCUUAAGGCCGUUUUUUUUGGGCCUGUCACUGCCAGCAGUGUAGAAGAGAGAUCAAACUCCACCUCACUACAACCUCCUUUCAGGUGAUUGUAGGGAGUGAUGAAGUCCCCCCUGAGCCUCCUCUUCUCCAUCUAAACAAACCCAGAUCCCUCACCCCUCCUCAUACAAUAUUUUUUCUAGACCCUUCACAAGCCUUGUUGCCCUUACAACACCCUCUGUUAAGUUAGCUUCCAGAAAUAUGUCUGGGGUUUUUGUUUUGUUUUGGGUUAAGUUCUUGCAUUGUAGCUAAUUCUGUCAUCUGCUAAAAUCAAAGUUCUACAAAAAUAUUAGGCAGAGAAUAAGCAUGAGAAUUAAAAACUAAACUUAAUUUGGAGAAAAACCUCCACUAAAUUAUUGUGAUGCAUGAGGAAAUAUCUUCUCAAUCUGAUUUGCAAUUUUAAAGCAUAUAGUAAUAAAAUGAGGGGAAAAAAAAAAGAGAUCACCCAGUAGAGUAAUUUAUUCACAUUGUGGGGUAUAUUGAGGGCCUACCUACAGAGAAUUUUUAGGGAGAAAUCCUAGCCUUACUGAAAAAAAAACCCAUAGAGUGACCUUAGAUAAUUUUCAGAUUAUUUUUCUUCCUGUUCUUAAAAUGUAGUAAUUUGUAUCUUAAGUCAUAAGCAUAGAUUUAAUUGUAUCAAAGAACAUGCAUAUGUUUUUCAGUCAGGUUAUUUUUACAAAACAUAUAGUUAUAUUACAUCACCAGGUGAUACAUGAUUGUCACAGACAACCGGACAUCUGGUGUUAAUGCCAUUGUCUCGGUUUGCAAAAUACUGGUCAGUUAUUUUACAGGUAAAUGACAAGGGAAGAAAAAAAAAGUGCAAUCUUCAUAAAAAUGGAUAGGAAUACAUGCUAUAUUGUAAUUCAUAGGGAUUUUUUGUAAUUGAAAGACAGUGACUGAAACAGACUGAAAAAAUGAUGACUUUUGUAAAUGACGUUUCCCAAGAAUAAAUGCAAACUAUUUAAAUGCUAUUUGUCCUCUGUUAAACAUAGUCAUACAGGCUACUGGAAAAAAUCCUCAAAUAAGUGUAAAAAGUUGUCUAGGAGACUAUGGGGGAAAAGAAUGUAUUCCCUAACUAUAGGAUUGAGCUAAUUAUAGAAAAGUUUGGGUUUUUUAUGUACAUAUAGGGCACACAUGACACAAAAAGAUAAAUAGUUCUAGAUCUAGCAAGAACUAAGCUAGAACUAGCUAAGUGUUUUAUAUUAAUGUUUAAAGUUCAGUGGUGAGGUGAAAUGCAUAUUCCUAAAACUAUUUUAGGGUUUUUUUUCACAGUUCCAGUUAUUUACUAACACAUACAUAACAUAAAUGAUCAGUAAAACAGAGUCCUUAAGUUGUCUGACAUUUUCUUGGAUGUUCUUUUUAUUGAGUCAUUUGGCCAAAUCACUGUUAUAUCAGGUCGAUGCUUUAGACGUUGUGUCUGGUUGAAUAAUAUGAGCUUUAGCUGAUCAAGGCGAUUGCAAUUCAGGAACUGCACUGAACUGACCCCUUCAGAACACUAGUGCAUGUUUCUGGGCUUGAAAAAAUGAGACAAGUUGCUUGGUAAAAUAAGUCUUUGAAGACUAUACAAUACAUAAUUCACAUAAUGAUAAAGCAUUUAGAAAUCUGCUGGUCGAAUCAUCAUCGUCGUAGCUUUGAGAGAGUAUCCCGAGCCCUUCCAGUAGUACCACUUGAUCCCAUUAAACUUGUUGUUGUUCUGUCGUAAUGGAUAAUACAUUCCAUUGAGGUUAGAAGGACCACAUGCGUCAAACCACCAUCCUGCAAGACAGAAGACAAACAUCAGCAGAAGUCAUUCUCAAAAUAGUAUUUAAGGUCACUUUGUUGUCUGGAAAUGAGAAAGGAAUCGAAACCCAGUUUUUUGUUCUUAUGAUUUGGAAGUGUUGAUGUAAAGCACUUGCCCCAAACUGAGGAAAGAAAUGUAUUUGUAUUCUUGAAUCUUACGCAGUACGUUGUAUUUGAAAAUUGAGAAGGGAAAAUGUUCAAUCAAUUUAUUAUCCACAUCAAACAUUUCUGACAGUCUGAGGGCAGAACACAACUUGAAUUAUAAUGAUACUGAAUUGCCUUUGGUUUUAUCUAGUCUUUGGUAAACUCCUGUUUUUCACAGAUUUAAUGUGUGAAAUUCUUAAUUCUUUCUGGAGGAAUUAUUCAGUUCUCUGGGCUGUUCAGUUCAAAACCUCCUGAAACAUCAUAAGGAAAAGGAGAAAAAAACCAGCCCAAAUAUACUUUGUAUCUGUAUAGUCCUGACUUCUUAGUGGGUCAUAAGAAAAAAUUAUUUUUAUUAAUAAAAUAAUAUUUUUAUAUUUC